UUCCAACACAUGGAACAAUUUCUCAAAGGCAGAGAGAGAGAAACUGUUUCCUCUUGCUGGCCGGAAGCAGUCGUCAGAUGAUGUUUAGUGGUUGCACCAAUCCCUGGCGCUGUGGCGAGAAUAAGGAAGUGCGGGACUUAGCAGGUUCCUGGAGUAUAUUUAGCCGGAUGUAAUGAUGAUUUCGACACGAGUUGUCUAUGGACUGCUUCUCUGUGGAUUGCUGCAUGUGCUCAGUGCAGAAUCCAAGUCCCACAUUUCUGUUGUCUUAGUUGGGGCCACGGGGGACUUGGCUAAAAAGUACCUGUGGCAGGGUUUGUUUCAGUCGUACAGCAAGCAGGUGGGUGGAACCCACAGCCUCAGUUUUUAUGGAGGCACUCGGCUCAGCUCCUCGGAGGCCUCCCCAGUGAUGUACGAGAUUCUGAAAGGUCUGUCCUGUUUGCCGAAUGUCCCAUCGGUGAAGUGUGCGCUGCUUAAGGACCAGUUUCUGAAGCUGACCCAGUACCACCGGUUGGACACGCACCAAGACUAUUCCGCUCUGAACAAGAAGAUCGAGGAGGUGCUGGACCAAGAAGGGCUUCGGGAGGAGGGCCGACUCUUCUACCUUUCCGUUCCCGCUUUCGCCUACGCUGACAUCGCCACCAAGAUCAACGCCACCUGCAGGCCGCGGGAGGGGUCCUGGCUGCGUGUUGUUCUGGAAAAGCCCUUUGGACACGACCUCCAUUCUGCCCAGCAGUUAGCCGAGGAGCUGCGGAAAGUCCUUCGAGAGGAGGAGAUGUACAGGAUUGAUCAUUACCUUGGGAAACAGGCGAUUGCCCAUAUUUUGCCAUUCCGACAUGACAAUCAGCAUUCCUUGAAUCCCAUUUGGAACCAGCAUCACAUUGAAAGAGUGGAAAUCGUCAUGAAGGAGACUGUGGAUUCUAAAGGCCGCACGAGUUUUUACGAGCAGUACGGGGUCAUUUGCGACGUUAUUCAGAACCACCUGACCGAAAUUCUGACCUUUGUUGCCAUGGAGACCCCAGCCAACAUCAGUGACUCGGAAGAGAUCCACAGAAACAAAAUGAAGGUGUAUGCCAGCCUGGAAAGACUUGGUAAACGCAGGGCCGUCAUUGGUCAGUAUCAAGCGUACAACUCUGAGGUCAGGCAAGAGCUUCAGAAGGCAGCUGAAUACACCAGCACCAUCCCGACAUUUGCAGGUGUAGCAAUGUUCCUGGACAGCCCUCAGUGGGACAAUGUGCCUUUUAUACUGACUGCUGGGAAAGCUCUGGAUGAAAGAGUUGGUUACACUCGAAUUCUCUUCAAAACCAAAGCCUUCUGCCUCCAAAAUGAGUCAACGAGGAAAGCUGAAUUCAGUCAGUGCAGGCAGAGACAGAUAAUCUUUUACGUCGGCCAUGGAGACUUGAAUUUUCCCGCUAUAUUGGUGAGUAAAAACCUGUUCAAACCAGUGAUGGACACAUCGAGCUGGAAACAGGUGACAGAAUUUCCCGAUGUCCAGAUGUUUGGAAUUCCCUUGUCAGACUAUUAUAUCUACACCCCUGUGAUGCAGAAGGAUGCUUAUGCGGUGUUGAUACCUCAGAUUUUCCAAGCCAAGAGGGACUGUUUUGUCAACACUGAGGACCUAUUGGCAUCUUGGAAAGUCUGGACUCCCUUAUUGAAAGAGUUUUCCAAUGUGAGCCCGCGUCUUUAUCCAGGAGGGGCCCGGAAUGGAGAUAUAUUGGACUUCAAGGUAGAGGGGAAGACAGUCUCGUUCACCAGGUCUGACCCUGUGGCGAUCAUCUCAGAGAGUCCCAGCCAUCAAAUGGUGAGUGAAUACAAGGCGAUAGCAUCGACGUUCCGAGGGAAUACCUUGGUGUCCGCGGUCAUAGAGGACCUGAUCGCAAAGCUGGCCUCCUACCUGCAGCAGACAGCCCAGGAUGCCGUGCGAGAACGUGGGAACUUCCAUCUCGCUGUAUCAGGGGGCUCGAGCCCCAAAGACUUGUUCAGGAGGUUGGCCGCGCAUCACUACACGUUCCCAUGGAAACGCACCCACUUUUGGAUGGUGGACGAGCGGUGCGUCCCGCUCGAUGACCCCAAGUCGAACUUUAGGAGCUUGCACGACAACCUGCUGAAGGAUCUGAAGGUCCCUUACGUCAACAUCCACCCGAUGCCUGUCCACAUGAACCAAAGGCUGUGUGUUGAGGACGACCGUGGCGCGGGUCUCUACGCCAAUGAGAUUGAAAUGUUGGUCAACGGGACGAGUUUUGAUUUUGUUUUGUUGGGGGUGGGCGCUGAUGGCCACACCGCCUCGCUGUUUCCCAACAGCCAGGCUCUAACCCUCGAGCGUAACCUGGUUCUGUUUACAGAAAGUCCAGUCAAGCCCCACCAACGGAUGACCCUAUCUCUAAGGGCAAUCAACAAGGCCAAACAUAUCGCUGUUUUAAUAACAGGGAGAAGCAAGCAUCCAAUAGUGGGGAGCUUGAGCAAGGAGGGUGAGAAAUCUGAGAAAUGGCCCAUUACAAUGGUUCAGCCGUCAGGCGGUGAACUCGUUUGGUUUAUCGAUCAUGAUGCACUCUUUGGCUGAUCAAGUUCCAUGACGUUUGGCAUCUUCACUGCCUGCCCUCCAGAUCCCAAUUCAAAACUUUGGGUGUAGCAAAUUUACUGAAGUUACUCUGUUAAUGAAGUGCUAUUUUUGUUCUUGGUAUGGGGUGUUAAUUCUGGGUGUGGCUAUCAAAUUGGAGAAAUCUUUUCAGGAUAUGGUGGCAAGCAAUAAAUACAUUGGGUGCAUUUUAAUUAAUUUCUACAGUGCAAUAGAACCCACCCAAUGUCAUUCUGGACAUUUUUAAUGAACUUGUUAAGACGCACGUCAGGAGCAGGUGGGUCUUGAACCCAGGUCUUCUGGCUAAGAGGUAGGGACACUACCACCGAGCCACAAGUGGGCUUUAAUUUCAUUCUGUUGAUCACAACUGGAUGAAACUUGGAUGUGUUCUAUAGCUAGACAGGUAAUUCAUUUAAUUAGAUCCCUACAUCUCAGUGAAAGUGAGGAUGCUGGAGAUUAGAGUCAAGAUUAGAAUGGUGCUGGAAAAACACAGCAGGUCAGGCAGCAUCCGAG